UCGCUAUGGGAGAAACAAGGCAAUGCUUCUUAAUGCAAUAUUAUGCACAAUAUAGCAUAAUCAAUGUGCAAUAAGUUAAUUAUUAUGCGAAAAAACUCCCACAAUAAAUUACAAUAUCACUCAUUUUUUGAGUAAUUGAUGACUAAAACACACGCAACACCAAUGUAACGUUUUAUUGUGAAUGAGAAUUUUCAUUCUAAUUCCUCUGCAGAUAUUUCAAGAUUUUUCUCUAUGGGUUGUUUUUUUGAGAGAUGAAAGAAUGUGAUUGUCGAGAAGAGCAUUAUUUGUGCUGGGUAAUCUUCUGAUCAUAUUCUGGGGAGUGCAUCUGUGUGUGAUUGUGUCGGAGAUCAGUAUGAAUUAAACAUCCGCUUUUCGUUAUGCUGAGAGUCGUCGUUUUUUUCUGUAGUGGCGGCGAGCAUAUUAUUCCAACAAAUUUUCAUUACAUAUUCUCCGUUGUAAGUUGAGCGACUCAUCUGGGCUUCACUAUCGCUCCUUUUUGGCGUCAGUACACGAAAAACAAUAAUUUCUUUCACUAGUUAUUUCCGAUUUAUUCAGCUUGAACUUUUCAAUUUUCAUUUGGAGAGAGAUAAUUUUUUGUUCUACGAUUUAAUCGUGACAUUUAAUAAGAAUUUCUGUGGUGUGAUUUUUGAAGGAAAAAAAAUGAACAUGAGAAUGGUUUUGAAAAAGAACUGAUAAAAGAAAAGUGUGACAGUGUGAUAAAUUUUGUUAAAAGAAUAUUACACGUCUACUGAAUUUAUAAAUAACAUAGACCUAUUUGUGAUUAUGUGAUGCAGAUAAGAGACAGUUAAAAUCAUGGUGAAAUUAUCACACAAUACUAAAGUGACUGUUUAGUAAAAAAAAAAAAAAUAAAUACUCAAAUAAGUUGCUUUUGCUGCAGAUUUGGGCCAUUGGGCAUUUAUUUUUCUAAUGCUCUUAAUAUUUAUGGUGUGUUUAAUGAAAAUUUGGAAUAUAUCCAUGAAUAAGUCGCGGAAAUGCGAUACAAAAGAAAAUAAUGUCUUUUGUCACGUGGAUUUGAAGAGCACGAAGAAAGGGAAAAAAUCCGUGCGUGGCAUGUCCGAGCAGACAUACCGUAAAAAGUCACGACUAUCCAAUACAACUCCUCAACAUUGUAAGGCACCAUUGUCCAGUGUUGCAGUGAAUUUGUGCGAAGGAGAUUUGUCAAAGACGGCUACUUGUGGUUUAUCUGCUGCUGCUGCUUCUGCCACAAUUGCCACUAAUGAACAGGAUAUUGGCAAUAAUAAUUUUGAGCCGAUCGCCAACAAUAAGCAGCGAUUGACUGAGGAGCAUUUAAAGACAAACGUCCAGAUAGUGCUGACAAAUAUCCAUCGCAAUUUCAACGCUCUGCGAAGUGUCGCACUGAAUGAGCAGCAUCAGUCAUUGUCGCUCUUGGACAGCUUAAAUUACAAAUUAAUCGACAAAAUGACCAGCCCCGAAGCGGAUUACAAUAGUAAUCCACAUUAUGCAGUUAAUCAGCUUCAAUGCUCCGUUGCCUCAUCACAAGAUUUCACUCACGACAACUCCGAUUAUCAGUGGUUUCUGGAUUAUGGGUAUCGAGAAGGUGUUCCUCAUCAGAGUAUUUUGUCAUCUCUGUCAGCGUCGUACAAUGGGAUAGGGGAAUUGUCGUAUUAUGAGGAUUUAGCGAAGAAUAUUGAUGUGAAUCUGGCUGAAGUGGAUAUGGAGAGUUUUCGGGCUGAGGAUAUUCAUUCUCUGUUGAAUAUACCGUCAUCGAGGAAGAGGUCGGAAAAUGAAUUUGAUACGUCAAUAUGUAAGUCAGAAUUGCUUUUUUCACCUGUGAAGGAAUCUCAUAUCAGUGUAGAUUCACUGGAUAUGGAUGGAUAUCCAAAUGAGGAUAUUAUACUCACGUGCAAGGCUAAUAAGGAUAACUACACGAUUGCCUUUGAGGGGAGUAUAGCGUAUUCGGAGGAUAGUUACUAUGUUGAUAGUCGUCACAAUGUGCGUCAUCAGAAGAUUGAUGAGGUUGUGAGGAGGAAGGCACUGGAAUCAAUGUCGAGAUCUGAUACGGGUUUCACGACAUGGAGUAAAUUGAAGAAGGCGGCUAGUUCGCAGCUACAGCGAUAUCCGUCUGGGAAUAAUAAUACAGCUGUGGCAAAUGCUCCACGGCACAGUCACAAUUGUGUCCUGAGAAAGAGUUCGAGUAUGCCGAGUUUGCAUCCUGGUCACGUGAAUCCGUUGAAUGUGAGUCAGGUUACGAGUAAUUCGGUCUUGCAUGGGAGGGUGCCGAGGGUGGUGUUCCCAAUGCCAGUGUCAUCGGACAGUGAGAGUCCAGCUCCAUUGGCCAGCAGCAGCAACACCAGCAACAAUGAACACGUGCCCAAUCAACCAUCUUUCAGUCUGGUGAAGUUGUUUAUCAAGCAAAAGAGCAAUUCCACGGACACGUGCAUGGAUGUGUCUUCGGGAUGUUGGCCAAGUGAUUCUUCGUCGUCGGCUGAGCAGAAUCGGGUGCGUAAGAGGAGUAUGAAUGAUUCAGGGAAGUGUUCGGCCCUCAGUAGGCACGAUGAGGAGGGUGAUGAUGAUAGUAGCUGUCAGUAUGAUAGUCUCGAUGUUCAGGUGAAUAUGGACAAUAAGAAAGUGAAUGAACGACAGCGUUCCAAUGAUUUGUACAAGGAAGUCUUUGAUUCACCAUCGCGUCGGAGCUACAAGGAAUGCAAUCUCAAUAUACGUACCCAACCAAAACAUCCAGCUGUAUUUAAUCUCAACAACAAUAAUUCCCUGGAGGCCAAUCGUAGCCUCACGGAUACGAGUAGGACAAGUGAGAAUUUGACUCAAGUGUACAAUAAGACAAAGAUACCGUUGGAUAUGAUAACUAGAUCCAUGCAAACUUCCUUCCCCAUGCCACCGCCCAAGGAGAGGGUUAAAGUUGUGCCACCGUCUUUCCUAGCACAGCUCAAUAGGCAUGAGAAGAAGACAGCUCCAGUCUAUGUGAUCUAUCCAAACUACACUCUUCCCAAUCUGGACUUUCUCGAGAUGCAGAAUGAAGUUAUACUGUCACCAUUGGAAUUUCCAGCUACGAAGCGUCCUAGGCCAAAAUCUCUGGCUGACAUUGAGAAUAUUGCAGCAGGAAAGUACAAUCACAUUGUCGACUGGAAGUCCCUGGUGCAGUUGUUGCCCAAGGAAUAUCGACGAAUGCUCCGGAAUAUCCCAGAAGUGGAGGAUGAUGAUGAGUUGGAUGGGGAUUUGACAUCCCAAAAGCCACUCUUCUCAAUGACACCACCCAUUCGACGAUCCUCUCGGCCUCUCUCCUGCGACUGUGCUAGCUAUGUCCAGGGUACAUGCACUUCCAGCAGUUCCAAUUCCUCAACAAAUCAACCUCCAAGUUCUGGCUACCGUGGCUCCUCGACUCUCCUCACAGACUCCGAACUGGACAACAACAAUGACAACAUGCGAAAUAUGUAUGUCUACCAGUACGACAACAACAAAAUUGAGAGUGACCUAGAGCGUCCGCCGACCGGGAGGAAUGUUAAAGGGAUCCUCAGGAGAGGUGCUAGUCAACCAAAGCCACGGUACAAGCGUAACAGUAUGAUUGAGGAGGAGCAGAGGGCUCAAGUUGAGAAGAGACGAUCCCUUCAAGACAUGCCCUACUACGGCAAUGAAGACUUCCCCGAAGAGUAUGAGAGCGUAGAUAAGAGAUUGCCCUAUCGAUCACCACGUCCUCUCUAUUCCGGCUACAACAACAUCGAUCCCAGCAAUCAUAGACUUCCGCAUCCCAAACAGUAUUACGACUGCAAUGCAGUUAAUAAACUCAGCAAGACCAAUUUCAACUACAUGACCGAAUUGAAUGACCUCGAGCUCAAUCGGGCCCUGUCCGGACGCCUCAGUCAGACACCCCCAUUCACAUCACCCCAGAAGGAUGCUGCUGAUGCAGAUGCAAGGACAAGAGCAGAAAAUUUCCUAAGUAGUGUCCCAAAGUCCGAACUCAAGUACUAUGCCGAAGUUGCGAAUAUCCUGGAGUCCAUAGAGAAUGUGACAGAGCCCUAUGAUAGGCUUAAGCUGAGAAAUGAAGUUAGUAGGGCUCUGGUGCAGAAGAGGGUGUCCUUCAAUCCACCCGAAGGGGGCAAUAAUACCAAUAUCAUCAACAAUAAUUUGCUAGUGAUGCCUCCGGCAGGGGUUAAGGCCUUCACAACACCACCCAAUUCGCCCAAUAUCUCAAUGGCGGUGCCCAGGGGAAAGACAGCGGCGGUGUCGGAGAAGGAGAAACAAGAGAAGAUUCAGAGCAAUCGUUUCAAAAGACUGCAAAUCCAGUGGGAGCUGCUGAGUAAGGAUAGUCAGGGUCUCAUGAAGGACAUGAAGGAGAAUAAGCUGGAGACAAAGAGUGGAGGAUCAACGCCGACUUCAGCACCCAAAUCCAGAAUUCCCCGCCCAGUCAGCUAUCCGACGGCAAAACCCCAACAGAAUGAGAACAAGAGUCUCAGGUCGCCGAGUAAGAUUGUACCGCCACGGAAAUAUACCACGACUACCAACACGUCGCCCACAAAUCCUUCUGCUGUGACAACAAGAACGACAACAAAACUGCAUGGAACACCAAAGAAAACACCGAAUCCAAGAGUACCAACGAGGACACGGUAAAGAAAAUGGACUAUAAAGUUAAUUCAUCAUUUCUUAAUUAAUAAGAAACCAACAAGUGAGAAUAGAAACAAUUAGAUGAUUAAUGCUUCAUAAAUAAUUUACAUUAAAGAAAAAUGUAAUGAAAAAGAGUUACAAAAAGAAAUCCUAGCUAAAGAGCUGAAUUAUGAUCUUAGCAAAAGAAAAACAUAAAGAGAUCAUUUAGUAGAAAGACACCUCAAUAAGUUUAAAAAGUAUAAAUUGAACAAUUUCUUUCUGCAACACUGACGACAGUAAAUACUCAAAAAAAAACAAAUAAUUAUUUCUACCAAUUUCUUCACCGUAUUUGAAGCAAACAAAAAAUAUUAUCACUAAAAUCGUAAGUUUAAAUGUGUGCUUAUCGAAUUUCUUUUUUUUUUUAAAUGAAUUGUGGAAUUAUUUUUCACCUAGGGAUUGCAAAUGGAUUUACUACUAUGAAAAAAAUAAUCAUGUGAAAGCUUUUUGCAGAGAAGGCAGGUUGGAUGAAGAGUGUAUUGUGAGGAACAUAGUACAUUACUUUAUAUCGCUUCCUUUUUUUAUAAUUAAUUAUUGAGAAUUUAAAAAUGAAAAAAAAAUCUUUAUUGGAUUAGUUGAAUGUAUUGAGUUGCAAAGUGAUAUUUCUUAUAGAUUAUAAAACAGAGAAGAUAAGAGAAAAGUGAAGAAGAAAAAAAACAUUUUAAAACAAACUUACCUAUAAGCUAUCAAAGUAAAAAAAAUAUAUUACUUUAAUGUAUAAUGGAAAAAAAUAUCAAUUUUAUGAAAUACCGUUCUUAUUGCUAUUGUGAAAUAUUGAAAGUGAAAUUGAAAACAGCCUGCGAUGGGUGCAUUUUGCGUUUAUAAUUUUCAAACAAUGAUUUUUCUUUUUGAAAGCAAUGAAUAUGCCGAAGAAGUGCCAUAUUGAAGUAUAAUUUAUUUUUAUUAAUUUUCUUGGUAUGAACAAAAGUGAAUUUUGAAAAGAUGCAAGCUUAAGUGUAGAAGAAAUCUGUAUUAAAUAUAUGAUUUUUCUUUUGGAUACAAGCUACUCUCCCAAAGAUGAAAGAAUGAUAAAUUGAAAUGCAAUUUUUCUGAGGAUACCUCUUGAUGACUUUUUCUUUUGUGGAUUCUCUGCAUUGUAAAAGAUUUUAUUUAUUGCUUACAAAUGAGUUUAAUAAAAAUACUUGUCUAAUUACUAAAAAAAAA